AUGCCCCGCCACCACGCGGGAGGAGAGGAGGGCGGCGCCGCCGGGCUCUGGGUGAAGAGCGGCGCGGCGGCGGCGGCGGGCGGGGGGCGCCUGGGCAGCGGCAUGAAGGAUGUGGAGUCGGGCCGGGGCAGGGUGCUGCUGAACUCGGCGGCCGCCAGGGGCGACGGCCUGCUGCUGCUGGGCACCCGCGCGGCCGCGCUCGGCGGCGGCGGCGGCGGCGGCGGCGGCGGCAGCGGCGGCGGCGGCCUGAGAGAGAGCCGCCGGGGCAAGCAGGGGGCCCGGAUGAGCCUGCUGGGGAAACCGCUCUCGUACACCAGUAGCCAGAGCUGCCGGCGCAACGUCAAGUACCGGAGGGUGCAGAACUACCUGUACAACGUGCUGGAGAGACCCCGCGGCUGGGCGUUCAUCUACCACGCGUUCGUCUUUCUCCUUGUCUUUGGUUGCUUGAUUUUGUCAGUGUUUUCCACCAUUCCUGAGCACACGAAAUUGGCCUCAAGUUGCCUCUUGAUUCUGGAGUUCGUGAUGAUUGUCGUCUUUGGUUUGGAGUUCAUCAUUCGAAUCUGGUCUGCAGGUUGCUGUUGUCGGUACAGAGGAUGGCAAGGAAGACUGAGGUUUGCCCGAAAGCCCUUCUGUGUUAUAGAUACCAUUGUUCUUAUCGCUUCAAUAGCAGUUGUUUCUGCAAAAACUCAGGGUAAUAUUUUUGCCACGUCCGCACUCAGAAGUCUCCGUUUCCUACAGAUCCUCCGUAUGGUGCGCAUGGACCGAAGGGGAGGCACUUGGAAAUUACUAGGUUCUGUGGUUUAUGCUCACAGCAAGGAAUUAAUCACAGCUUGGUACAUAGGAUUUUUGGUUCUUAUUUUUUCGUCUUUCCUUGUCUACCUGGUGGAAAAGGAUGCCAACAAAGAGUUUUCUACAUACGCAGAUGCUCUGUGGUGGGGCACAAUUACAUUGACAACGAUUGGCUAUGGAGACAAAACUCCCCUAACUUGGCUGGGAAGAUUGCUUUCUGCAGGCUUUGCGCUCCUUGGCAUUUCUUUCUUUGCACUUCCUGCCGGCAUUCUCGGCUCAGGUUUUGCAUUGAAAGUGCAAGAACAGCACCGCCAGAAGCACUUUGAGAAAAGAAGGAACCCCGCUGCCAACCUCAUUCAGUGUGUUUGGCGUAGUUAUGCAGCUGAUGAAAAAUCUGUUUCCAUUGCAACCUGGAAGCCGCAUUUGAAGGCCCUGCACACCUGCAGCCCCACCAAGAAAGAACAAGGGGAAACAUCAAGCAGUAAGUUCUGUAGUAAUAAGCAGAAGCUCUUCAGAAUGCACACCACACGGAAGCAGAGUCAGAAGCUAAGUUUUAAGGAGCGGGUGCGCAUGGCUAGCCCAAGAGGCCAGAGUAUUAAGAGCAGACAAGCCUCGAUAGGUGACAGGAGGUCCCCGAGCACCGACAUCACAGCCGAGGGCAGCCCCACCAAAGUGCAGAAGAGCUGGAGCUUCAACGACCGAACCCGCUUCCGGCCCUCGCUGCGCCUCAAAAGUUCUCAGCCCAAACCCAUGGUAGACGCUGACACCGCCCUUGGCACUGAUGAUGUAUAUGAUGAAAAAGGAUGCCAGUGUGAUGUAUCUGUAGAAGACCUCACCCCACCACUUAAAACUGUCAUUCGAGCUAUCAGAAUAAUGAAAUUUCAUGUUGCAAAACGGAAGUUUAAAGAAACAUUACGCCCAUAUGAUGUAAAAGAUGUAAUUGAACAAUAUUCUGCUGGUCACCUGGACAUGUUGUGUAGAAUUAAGAGCCUUCAAACACGUGUUGAUCAAAUUCUUGGAAAAGGGCAAAUCACAUCAGAUAAGAAGAGCCGAGAGAAAAUACCGGCAGAACAUGAGACCACAGAUGACCUCAGUAUGCUCGGCCGAGUGGUCAAGGUUGAAAAACAGGUACAGUCCAUUGAGUCCAAGCUGGACUGCCUGCUAGACAUAUAUCAGCAGGUCCUCCGGAAAGGCUCCGCCUCAGCCCUCACCUUGGCCUCGUUCCAGAUCCCACCGUUUGAAUGUGAACAGACAUCUGACUAUCAAAGCCCCGGGGACAGCAAAGACCUGUCCAGCUCCGCCCAGAACAGUGGCUGCCUAACCAGAUCAGCUAGUGCCAACAUCUCUCGAGGCCUGCAGUUCAUUCUGACGCCAAAUGAGUUCAGUGCUCAGACUUUCUACGCGCUUAGCCCCACUAUGCACAGUCAAGCUACACAGGUGCCACUGAGUCAAAGUGAUGGCUCCUCAGUGGCGGCCACCAACAACAUUGCAAACCAAAUAAAUGCGGCACCUAAGCCAGCAGCCCCAACAACUUUACAGAUCCCGCCUCCUCUCCCAGCCAUCAAGCACCCGCCCAGGCCAGAGACCCUGCACCCAAACCCCACAGGCUUACAGGAGAGCAUUCCUGAUGUCACCACCUGCCUUGUUGCCUCCAAGGAAAAUGUUCAGGUUGCACAGUCAAAUCUGACCAAGGACCGUUCUCUGAGGAAGAGCUUUGACAUGGGAGGAGAAACUCUGUUGUCUGUCCAUCCAGUGGCGCCCAAGGACUUGGGCAAAUCUUUGUCUGUACAAAACCUGAUCAGGUCCACAGAGGAGCUGAAUAUCCAGCUUUCAGGGAGUGAGUCAAGUGGCUCCAGAGGCAGCCAAGAUUUUUACCCCAAAUGGAGGGAAUCCAAAUUGUUUAUAACUGAUGAAGAGGUGGGUUCGGAAGAGACGGAGACAGACACUUUUGACGCCGCGCCGCAGCCUGCCAGGGAAACUGCUUUUGCGUCAGACUCGCUAAGGACUGGAAGGUCUCGAUCAUCUCAGAGCAUUUGUAAGGCCGGAGAAAGUACAGAUGCCCUCAGCUUGCCUCACGUCAAACUGAAAUAAGUUCGUCUUCUUUCUAGGCAUAGCAGUUCCUUUAGCCAUACAUAUCAUUGCAUGAACUAUUUCGA